GGCUGUCGCUCAGGAGGGUUGUGGAGGAGUGUAGGGACAGGGCUGUCUCGAUGAGGGGAAUGGAGAUAUCGGACUGGACAGAGAGCAGUGGGUGGCUCUCUGUGCGAGCCCCAAAGCUGCGGACAUUUCCAAUGGCUCUCUCACCGUCCUUCCCCACCCUCCUGUUCCCUUCCCCUGCCAAUCUCCCAUGAGCCUAUGCGCGGUACUGCCCAGUGGCUGCACAAGAUGGCGGCGGACAGCGAGCCCGAGUCCGAGGUGUUUGAGAUCACGGACUUCACCACCGCCUCCGAGUGGGAAAGAUUUAUUUCAAAAGUUGAAGAAGUUUUGAAUGACUGGAAACUUAUUGGGGUUUCUUCAGGCAAGCCCCUAGAAAAGGGUGUAUACACCACUGGAAUAUGGGAGGAGAAAUCAGAUGAAAUUUCAUUUGCUGACUUCAGAUUCUCCAUUACUCAUCAUUAUCUUGUGCAAGAAGCCAGUGGCAAAGAUGGGAAAGAGGAGUUGGUAGAAGAUGUCCUUCCGUUAUCUAUGCAAGACUUGCUGUGCAUGAACAAUGAUUUUCCCCCUAGAGCCCAUUGUCUAGUGAGAUGGUAUGGCUUACGGGAAUUUGUGGUUAUUGCUCCAGCAGCAAAUAAUGAUGCAGUUCUUAGUGAAUCCAAAUGUAACCUUCUUCUGAGUUCAGUUUCGAUUGCAUUGGGGAACACUGGUUGUCAGGUACCAUUGUUUGUGCAAAUACAUCAUAAAUGGCGAAGAAUGUAUGUUGGAGAAUGUCAGGGCCCUGGAGUUCGAACUGACUUUGAAAUGGUUCAUCUUCGUAAAGUGCCAAAUCAGUAUACACAUUUAUCAGGUCUAUUGGACAUCUUCAAAUCCAAGAUAGGAUGUUCUUUAACUCCACUGCCUCCAGUUAGCAUAGCUAUUCGACUAACGUAUGUUCUUCAAGACUGGCAACAAUAUUUCUGGCCCCAACAACCACCAGAUAUAGAUGCGCUAAUUGGAGGAGAAGUCGGAGGCCUAGAAUUUGGGAAAUUACCAUUUGGUGCCUGUGAAGAUCCUGUUAGUGAGCUCCAUUUGGCAGCUACAUGGCCUCAUCUAACAGAAGGUAUCAUUGUGGACAAUGAUGUUUAUUCUGACUUGGAUCCCAUUCAAGCCCCACAGUGGUCUGUGAGAGUCAGAAAAGCGGAUAAUCUGCAGUGUUUAUUAGGUGACUUUCUUACUGAAUUCUUCAAACUUUGUCGUCGGAAGGAAUCGGCUGAUGAGAUUCUUGGAAGGUCUACAUUUGAAGAAGAUGGAAAAGAGGUUGCUGAUAUAACCCAUGCUUUGUCAAAGCUCACAGAGCCAGCACCAGUCCCAAUCCAUAAAUUGUCUGUCACAAAUAUGGUUCACAGUGCAAAGAAAAAAAUUCGCAAACACAGAGGUGUAGAUGACUCACCAUUAAAUAAUGAAGUCCUCAAUACUCUUAUGUUGUUUUUAUUCCCUGAUGAUGCUGACAAACUAACAGAUGGAUCUGAAGCCAGGCUUAGUACUUCAAGAAACAAUCCUCCUCCGGAGAGUGAAGAAUAUAAUCUUUACAGUCAAUUCAAAUCAGCUCCUUCAGAUAGUCUGACCUACAAACUGGCUUUAUGUCUUUGUAUGAUCAACUUCUACCACGGAGGGGUAAAAGGAGUGGCACACCUCUGGCAAGAAUUUGUAGUGGAAAUGCGUCGCAGAUGGGAGAAAAAUUACCUAAUUCCAGAGUUAGCUAAUGGGUCUCCAGAUCUGAGAUGCUGUCUACUGCAUCAGAAACUUCAGAUGUUAAACUGUUGCAUCGAAAGAAAGAAAGCAAGGGAUGAGGGGAAAAAACCAUAUACAUCUGAUCGUUCCCCUAGUGGGUCUUCUGGUGAUACUGGGAAAGCAGUAGACCGUUCAGGUGGAGAUUAUCAAAAGGAGACUGAAAAGGAAAGAGGAGAGGUUGGGAAAUCUUGGGAAUCAUGGAGUGACAGUGAAGAAGAAUUUUUUGAAUGCCUUAGUGACACAGAAGAACUGAAAGGAAAUGGACAAGAAAAUGGAAAGAAAGGAGGAACAAAAGAAGGAAAUAAAGAAUCUGCAAACUUAAAACCAGAAGGUCGUCUACAUCCACAUGGAAAACUGACUUUGCUGCAUCCCGGAGAACCUCUCUACAUUCCAGUAACACAGGAACCAGCACCCAUGACGGAAGAUCUGCUGGAGGAACAGUCUGAAGUACUGGCUAAACUGGGAACGUCAGCAGAAGGAGCUCAUCUUCGGGCACGCAUGCAGAGUGCUUGCUUACUCUCAGAUAUGGAGUCUUUUAAGGCCGCUAACCCUGGUUGUUGCUUGGAGGAUUUUGUGAGGUGGUACUCUCCUCGAGAUUACAUUGAAGAGGAAGUGGUUGAUGAAGAGGGGAAUAGAGUACUUAAGGGUGAACUGAGUGCCCGAAUGAAGAUUCCUAGCAACAUGUGGGUAGAAGCGUGGGAAACAGCAAAGCCAGUUCCAGCCCGGAGGCAGAGGCGACUGUUUGAUGAUACCAGAGAGGCCGAGAAGGUGCUGCACUAUCUUGCAGUUCAGAAACCAGCUGACCUUGCAAGGCAUCUUUUGCCUUGUGUCAUCCAUGCAGCUGUACUAAAGGUAAAGGAAGAAGAAACGCUGGAAGAUAUCGCUUCAGUUAAGAAGAUUAUUAAACAGAUAAUAUCUCAUUCCAGUAAAGUUCUAAGAUUUCCAAACCCAGAGGACAAAAAAUUGGAAGAAAUCAUUGCUCAGAUUAUGAGUGCAGAAGCUAUCAUUGCCAGGGCAAGGUCACUGAAAGCAAAAUUUGGGAUAGAGAAAUGUGAUCAGGAAGAGGAAAAAGAAGAUCUGGAAAGGUUUGUAAAUUGUCUUCUGGAGCAGCCAGAGGUAUCGGUCAUUGGUGCAGGAAGAGGACCUGCUGGUAGUAUUAUUCACAAGUUAUUUCUGAAUGCCCAGAGGAUGACUGAAUCUUCUGAUGAGGUUGCCACAAUGACUUCGCUUGAUGAAGAACUGAAGAGAUCAGGUUCAUCAGAUGAACGGAGACUGAACUUAGGAGCAGUUACAGAUUUCCCACCGCCUGCAGGCCGGGAGCUCAUUUUACGCAUAACUGUACCUCGACCUGCACCUUACUCUAAACCACUGCCUCAGCGUAUGUACAGUGUAAUCACAAAAGAGGAUUUUCGACUUGCUGGUGCUUUUUCAGCUGAUACAACAUUCUUCUGAUCUCACUAGCUUUUAGUUAUCCUGUAUGUCUUCACAAGUGGAACACUAUUUCUCUGUCUCCAUGGAAAUAAACACUGUGGACAAGGAGAGAGAGAGGUAAUACUGUUGUAAUUAGUGAUCAAGAAUAACUUUUCCUUAAGGGGUCAAACCAGCAUCUCAGAGCGAUGCCUGCAUCAACCUUUAUUUCUGAUAUUUGGGACAGCUAUAUAAGUUAUUAGACAUUUCUCCAACUGUCUAAAAAUCUCCCCUCUGUCCAAAGAUUUGGACAUUUUUGCAUUAGCUAGUUUCCCAAUGGACUCUUCACUGGGCUUCGUACAAAUACUUCAUGUUGAAAUUAUAGUGCAGUAUAUGCUGCUUUUCAUUUCCUAAUCUAGUCCUGCUAAAGUUGUGUUAGGUAGUCUAUUUGAAGUGUAAACAUUAAAUAGUUGUAUUUAUUACCAUGUGUAAUCUUAAAUUCUGGAUAUUUUUGGUGACUUUUUCACUGAAUUCCAAUGGCUGAUUUUAAAAUGCUGUUAGUUUGAACAAAAUAUAUCUAUUUUCAAAAUUCAAUCUUGUGCUAAACUCUUAACAUGCAGUAUUUGCCUGAAAAAAGCCCUGGAUUCCGUGCAUCGGGUAUCUUUUUCUGUGAACUGCUGAAAUGGAUAUUUUUGGCUAUAACAGCAUAUUAAGCCUAAAAAUCAAAUAGCCUUAAAUUUAUCAUUUACAAUUUUUGAGCUUUUAUGUCCUCCUGCCUUGGAAGGACAUGCUUCCAACUGCAGUAUAGACAUGCAUUAGCUCUGCUUCAGCUAAUGUGCUAAAAAUAGCAGUAGGGACAUGGUGCCUCAGGCUAGCUGCCAAAAUUACAAUCAGUCCUGUCUUCCUGGGUACAUAUUUGGCCGGCUAACUCGAGCAAUUGUGGCCACACUGCUUUUUUAAGUGCACUAGCUCAAGCAGAGCUAAUGUGUCUGUCUACUCCUGCUGGGAAGCAUACUCAUAGCUACAGUAAAGAAAUACCUUAAAUGUGAGACAGCUGGGCCAAAACUAUAUGUAAAUCAUGGGUACUUAAGCAACUUAUUGAUGCUUAUCGCUAGAUUUUCAUGACACACAGUGUACAGCACGCAUCUGUGUUCCUGUUGAUUUGGUAAUAAAAGUAUGCUGUAAACUAAUUCUGUCAAAUAUGAAAACUGUGUGAUUUUAAUGUGUGUGGUGAUGUAAUAAGGAAAGGAUUAUUUUAAAGCAACAACUUGUUUUGCUCUGAAUCAGCAAAGGAUCAUAGCUGUGUUGUAAACACAUGUCAAAUGGCUGUGAAACACAUAGUUUUGUUGCUUGCACCUAUUUGUCUUUGGACACUGUACAAUAAAUCUUAAAAUAUAAUUGGCUAUUGAAAUUGUUCAGUUAAGUGGAAGUACCUCAGACGAUACAUGUUCUAGGUAUUAAUGUACAGAUUGACUCAGGAACAAAAUCACUUGCAGUACAGCUUAAUAUGUUGACAAAUGGGGAGGAUGCCCAUCUCUUACCUUCAUGACAAUGUGUGAACAUCCAGAGGUUUGGGAUCUUGACUGCUUUUGCAACUUGUGGUGCAAUGUUCAAAAGUGCCUAAGGCCCAGAUCCUCAAAGGUAUUUAGGUGCCUAACUCCUAUUCAUUUUAUUGUGAAUAAAUACCAUUUGAGCAUCUGUA